UCUGGCCCUAUCACCUCUCCCAUCAACACCCAUCCUAUCCAUCCAUAUAAAACUCGCCCAACAUGUCCAUGGAAGAAGAAGUCGCCGCCCUCGUCAUUGACAACGGUUCUGGUAUGUGCAAGGCCGGUUUCGCCGGUGACGAUGCUCCUCGUGCCGUCUUCCCCUCUAUCGUCGGUCGACCCCGACACCAGGGUGUCAUGGUCGGUAUGGGCCAGAAGGACUCUUACGUGGGUGACGAGGCCCAGUCCAAGCGAGGUAUCCUUACCCUCAAGUACCCCAUUGAGCACGGUAUCGUCACCAACUGGGACGACAUGGAGAAGAUCUGGCACCACACCUUCUACAACGAGCUCCGUGUCGCCCCCGAGGAGCACCCCGUCCUCUUGACCGAGGCUCCCCUCAACCCCAAGCAGAACCGAGAAAAAAUGACCCAGAUCAUGUUUGAGACUUUCAACGCCCCCGCGUUCUACGUCUCCAUCCAGGCCGUCCUCUCCCUCUACGCUUCCGGUCGUACCACCGGUAUCGUCCUCGACUCUGGUGACGGUGUCUCUCACACUGUCCCCAUCUACGAAGGUUUCUCCAUCCCCCACUCCAUCCUCCGUAUCGACCUUGCCGGUCGAGACCUCACCGACUAUCUCGUCAAGAUCCUCAUGGAGCGAGGUUACUUUUUCACCACCUCUGCCGAGCGAGAAAUCGUCCGAGACAUCAAGGAGAAGCUCUGUUACGUCGCCCUUGACUUUGAGCAAGAGCUCCAGACUGCCGCCCAGUCCUCUCAGCUCGAAAAGUCUUACGAGCUUCCCGACGGCCAGGUCAUUACCAUCGGUAACGAGCGAUUCAGGUGUCCCGAGGCCCUCUUCCAGCCUUCCUUCCUCGGUCUUGAAGCUGCUGGUAUCCACGAGACUACUUACAACUCUAUCUUGAAGUGUGACUUGGACAUCAGGAAGGACCUCUACGGUAACAUUGUCAUGUCUGGUGGUACCACCAUGUACAACGGUAUCGCCGACCGAAUGCAAAAGGAGAUCACUGCUCUUGCUCCUUCUUCCAUGAAGAUCAAGAUUGUCUCUCCCCCCGAGCGAAAGUACUCUGUCUGGAUCGGUGGUUCCAUCCUUGCCUCUUUGUCUACCUUCCAGCAGAUGUGGAUCGCCAAGAGCGAGUACGACGAGUCUGGACCUUCAAUCGUCCACCGAAAGUGCUUCUAAGCGCUGUCUACCUUUUACACGCCCUCGUCCUCGUCUCUCGCUUCCUUGCCCUUUUUUUUACACUCGGUCCUUUCGCGUCCUUGACGACGUUUUUGUAAAACCCCUCCUUCCCUUCCUACAACAAUCUCUUUACACCCGCGCAUAUUUAACCAUGCAUCUUUUUUCUCUCCUUUUGCUGAUUAAUCCUUUUUUUUUUUGGCAUACCCCCUCCCUCCUUUUUUUACCCUUCCCUCCCCUCGCCCAUCUGCCUCCUCUGAUGUUUAUGUGAUGGGUGUGUAGAUUUGUGGAUUGGAAGAGAAUUUUUACAGUAUUUGAAAGAAAGACCGCUCUGAAUUUUCAAAGAAAAAAAAUGAAUUAUGAUGCCUUACCUGA